AGUGCUAGUUAAUAUUUAACAGCGUAUGCGUAUGCGUAUGCGUAAGCUAGGGCUCUGGCUCUGGCUCUGGCUCUGGCUCUGGCUCUGGCUCUGGCUUUGCGAGUACAAGAAUUAAGUAGAGUAUAUAUGUAUAAAUAUCGACAAUCUUCUUCAAAACUACUUCCCUCUGGACUUUUAUCUCCAAAAAAGAGGAAAGGGGAUGAUCCGCUAGUCCGUUACCGUGUCGACUCUCAUCUAUGCUUAAUUCUCUACAACAUAGUAGUUACUAGAUUCACCCUGCAGCUCAACACUACUUCUAGUUGUACUACAACUGGUCCCUCCUUAAUUUGAGCAUCAUGUAACUCUAUGAGAAGACCAAAGGCCUACUAAAAAUGAGACUUUCCAUAACGCGACGUGCGAAAGCAGCCUCUACUAUUAAGGCUACCGCUGGUGCAUCCUAAGUGCCAUCCUUGGCUUCUUUUUCAAGGGGUAAAAGACUCAGGGAUGGACUCAAGGACUCGACGUCGUAGCUCUAACGCCAGUGUCGUCGACUGGCAGAGGCUAGACCGGAAGGUAGCAGCCCUCAUUAUUACUAGGCCUGACGAUCCGGUCGUUUCAUGUGCAGCAUCGUCCAAAGACCAAGCUGCAGUUUUAUGUCUAGAGAAUUUUUAAAAUAUGCACAUAGUGUUGAGAUACUUAUCUCGGGACGGAUUUUCAAUGACAGGGAUGAUCUAUAACACGACAGGGAGGUUCUGUAGUCACGAAUACAAGUACGUAAAACACUUGUGUUAAUUAUAUUGUAACCACUCGGAUGAUGCUGAUGGAUUGCUCUUGUCGUGUGUGCGGAUGAUCGAUUCUUGAUUUGCGACAAGAAUGAGAAUCAUCUUCUAAUGAUGAGAAGAUGCGAAAAAAUGCGGGUGUACACCCAUAGCGAUUACACCGUGAAGCUGCCGGAUAAUCACAGUUUUCCUUAAGAAGAGCUCAUGUAGUAAGUGCAUCGUGCAUCCUUAUAUAUAAGAAGACAGCUUUGUGGAUGUCGUAGUGACUGUCGUACAUUUACUACUGCUGGUACUACUAGAUGAAGUAAAACAAGGUAGGAGAGUUGGAGGUGCUGCCUCGUCAGCACGCGUAAGCAUUUUGAAUUGCACAGACUGUUUAGUUCUUGAACCAUACAUUUGGUUCUGGCACUUCCGCUCUCUCUCCUGACCUUCGUGUUUCUCUAACGCCACAUGAAUCGGUAUAAGGGUGUGACUAACCACUUAUCUGCCAUUUUGGACGAAACACGUACGCCUGAUGCCACACUGGCCUUGUGGGAUCCACCAACAGUAUGCGCAGGGUUUUUCUCUUUUUCUCAUAUUUUUCAAGGAAUCGCUGGCCUAUAUGAAUAUAAUGUCCAUAAGGUUUUCCUCUUAUCUUUCUUGGAAGAUGGAGCAUAUUAUUGGAGGCAACCCCUCGGCUUAGUUUUACUAGUACUACCUAUAACGUGGUAUUAGAUCCCCUACUUUCAUAGGCGCCUUCACUACCAGAAACAGCGAGUACCGCUCCGCAGCUACCGGAAGCCGCUCCCUCCUCGAUUAUUUCACAUGAUGUAAAACAGGACACCACAUGCGCAUCGUCCUCAGCUUCCACAGCAAGUAGUACAAUGAAUGAACAAGAUGCUCUUCUUGGACAUGAUGCUUCUAGUUCUUCAUCUUCGCCCUCGUCUUCUAUUAGUAGAGGUGCUGCAGCAGGGUACAAAAUAAGUUUAGGUUAUGAUAUUUCUAGGAACAAAGAUAUGAAAGAACAGCAACAGCCAUUAGCAAGGGACGAUGCGCACGAUGUACCAGAGCCUUGGGAAUUGUUGCACAUUGACCGUGAUCCAAGACUGGCUACCCGCGAUGAGGCGGCCCUCUCUCAUGAGUGGAGCUACAUCUCUAGAUUCGAAAACGGUGACAUUCCAGUCAAAUUACUUUUGAGACCACAGGUGAACGGGAUGAACAUGAAGAAAAUGGCAAAACUUGUGUUAGCACUAGUUGUACCAUUAAUUUGAAGCGAAACUCACAUCGCAGUACUUUUUUGAAGGCAAUCUACUUCGCAGUUUUACUCGGAAGUUUACUACAGAUAAUUGAAGUUACUGCUCAGUAGCGCUUCAGCUUAGGACAGCACUCGAGCAUCAAAGUACUAGUGUUAGUGAGUGCUAGAGUUGAGUUUAACCUCUGACUGACUGUGCCUGUAUUGGUGCUAAUGACUUAGAGUUGUGCUAGACUUAACCUGUGACCGACUGUCAUAGUACCCCGUGAGUGGGUACAUCUAUCUGUAUCUAUCUAUCUAUCUAUAGUCAUGGUAGUAGAUCCAAGAUUGUAGGAGGUCCCUACGACCUCCCUACUCUAACAUUAGGCUUUCCUUGGUCGAAAGACUUCGUGCGACGAACGUAUCGAAUUUUGGGCAGCACACUGGAUGCGCUUGAAGAUGUGUUAAGGCUUCUUACUCAAUCUUCGGAUAGAUCAUGCAGAUAGAUCAUACAGAGUGUACUGCGGGGCCCCAUCUUCCGAUAGUACAGGUAGAUUUGGAGCUCGGCAUUCAUUGGUCAUUGACUCUGAACGGAAGAGACCCGCUUCAAAGCUCUCCCCUUUCCCUUCGUUUUCCCCUGUUGUCUCAAGGGGUCUCCUCUUCCGUGUCUUCAGUGACUCCAAUCUAAAUGGUUACCCAUGAAAGUUGAGCCUUAAUAGGUUGAUACUAGUAUAGACCCACCUAGUAUAAGGAGAUGAACGAGAACAGAUAGAUCUUAGAGCUACAGUCCUAUAAAGAAAGUCCCAUCUUCAGACGCAGGUAGGAUGAAUCUUGAAGCUGCAUUCCUAGUAUGAGCAUGAGAAGAACGCAGCUCCAACUCCAUCUUCAGGAUCAAGAUACAUCUGACAUCUCCAAUAGAUGGAAGUAGACUAGUAUGCUGGUGCCCUCUAACUGUGCUAUUAAAGGGCGCACUUCAAGAGUGGAACGCUGGAAAACUGAUUCUGGAUGCUCCACCUGGAAUUUCGUCGACUCAGCAUGAUGAGGCUGAACAAUCGCUAUCGAAUGAAGAUCGACUGAAGACCAUUUAAGGCUCUACCGAAGCGGGCCUUUGCCGUUUUGAACUGUAGUGGUCCUCGAUUGAUGAUUUACUCUCCGAAGCAAUAACACCAGUCUCUACUCGGGUCGCUACGGAACCAGGCAGCUUUGAGCGAGCUGCUACGUGGUUCGAAUGAAUGAAUAAAUGUGAAUAAAUACCAAGGUACUUAAAAACUUCUAAAUGAUUGUGUCCAUGUCCAGUGGUAGAAAGACGAAUGUCAUUGCUGGUGGAAAUCUUGCUGGGGGAACCCAUCAUGCGUUCCCGGACUCGGCAGAAGGAUUUUGUGUCUACAACGAUCUCGCAGUCGCGGCGCGCUAUGCACAAGCGCUCCUCGGGUUACCGAUGAAAAGGCCAGCGGCGAACAAGAACAUGUUGACGAGUAAAAAUGUUGGGGAAUCGGAAUCAACAGUAACUGUUGAUUGCGAACGGUCGCUUGAAGAGCGGAAGCGAGAAGAGACCAGCAUGAUUGAGGACUCGACAGUUGACGAGAAACAAGAACUAGAAGAAAUAGAUGCAAUGAAGAUAUUAGUGGAAAAGCAAAGCAUCAAUGUCGACACAAGUGAAAACUAUGAUGUCCGACUACAACACGAUCAAGCAAGGCCCGAAGAAGAAAAAGACACACAAGAUGCAUCUAGUACGACUAGUUUGUUGCCGACUGCGUACUCGCUUCUGCGAGAAAAAUUAAACGUGCACCCGCUAAUAGUCAUCCUAGACGUUGACGUACACCAGGGCAACGGAACUGCUGCGUGCUUUUAUGUUCAACUGUAGUUACUACUAGUACAUUCUUUCCACUUUAAUUUCAAAAGAACUUCUACGACUACCCUCGUCAGUACUUCUUAGGCGGGUCUGCCAACACUUGUUUUCCAUUAAGUUUCUACUUUAAUUUCAAAAGAACUACGGCUACCUCCCGUACUCUCGUUAGAAGGGUCUACCAGCACAUGUGUUCCAUCCUUUCUACUUUAAUACUUUGUAGACGAUCCGAGUGUGAUUACCUUUUCGCUGCACUCCGCCAAGAACUAUCCGUUUGGUGACCGUAGGCGUGUGAGCGACAUCGAACGCGAUGUCCCGAAUGACGUGUCCGAAGAAGCAUAUCUGGCAAAGCUCCAAGACGGAUUAGCCGAAGUAAAUCGGAAACUUCUUUUCCGGGAUGAGGGUGACUCUAGUACGCAAGGUGGUAACAUAAUUGCAAGAAACGACAAGACAAACGACACCAAGUCAAUGUCAAAAAACGACAAGACAAACGACACCAGAAGGCUACUUUUAAGGCUAUCCCGCCUAAUCAUCCAAUUUUUUCGAGACAGCAUCCUCUCCCUAUUAAUCCAUCUUCGGAAGCAUCCCCAUCCUCAAAAGGGUUUUCCAAGGGGAAGAGGGACCCACGACCUCUAGGAUGUACUAGUAUGUAUCUUAAGAUGGAUUCUUUAGGGCGAAGUCUAAUGAUUGUGCUGUGGCAAGCGGGGGUUGAUCCAUUGGCAGAAGACCGCCUAGGCAAACUGAAGCUCUCAAGACGCGCUCUAUGGCGGCGUAAUCGGAUGGUCUUGGAGUGGUGCCGGAACUGGAAUGCCCUUCUCGUUGUUACAAUGUUAAGAUUGUUUAUUGUUCUCGUUAUUACCAUGUAGUUCAGAUUUUUUGUUGUUCUCGUUAUUACCAUGUAGCUAAGAUUUUGUUGUUGAUGUUGUUGUUACAAUGUUGAGGCUGCUUAUCAGUACUCUGCCUACUGCUCAGACUUAGUUAUAUAUAAUAGAAAGAGUAGAUAUAUGUAAAACUAUGUCCUCCUAGAACCAUAAGGAUUACCAACUUCUAACAACAGGCGGCGGUUAUUCGCGCCCCAUCGAGCAUUCUAUUCGGGCACACGCUGACGUGUAUCUCCAAACCGCAUUUCUCGCGAAGAAAAACUGGCUCAUCUAGUAAUACACCGAAUGGAAAUACGCAUUGAUGAAUUUUUCUAUAGCCAGUCUCGUACAACUAUGAGAAUUUUAUUUGUGUCUACUCAUACCAUUACCAAGCUAACAGGAUUGUAGACCGAGUGGAGUGAAUGCGAAUAUUGGCGUUCGAGAAUCAUGAAGACCAGAUGAAACUGCCCAUCACACAAAUUGGUCGUGCAACGACCAAAAUUACACUGCACCAGUAGCUUGACGAGGGAAUGACGUCGAGCGCUACUGGAGCUUUUUCCCUGGCUCACCUUGGAUCUUCCCUUGAUGGUUCUUUUACCAUAGAUCCUCGAGUCUCGUUACUAGGAAAUCAGGUUCAGGCAAGUACGUCGUAUUUUAGUCAAAAAAAAUGGGUGGAGGCUACGGAAGUGUGUGG